UGAUAACCACUCGGCUCUUUACGUGAAUCCGAUGAAACACGAGGUGUACGUUCGUCUGCUUUACCGUAACUGUUCGGAAGCCAAACCAUUGGUUCCAACCGUCCAUCAUCCGCCCGGGGGAAGAGAGGCGGGGACGAGAUGUUGAGUGACGGCCGCGGAUCUGUUGGCACUUUGGAGCUGAGACAGCCUCUGGGACUCACACGGGCCUGCCUAUUUUACAUUCACACUGAAUAAAGAUAUCAGAUGAAAGAAGAGGACCGCCUGAUAAUUUCUUUUGUCAGCGCGGGAUGUUGCGUGCCGAGUGCGGACUGCGUGACAGGACGACACGGUGUCGAGCGGACGUUUUCACAGGUUGAUGAUCCGUAUUUGGCACCGAGAAGGGAAAGCAGCAAAAGUAAAUACAUUGUUUAGUCUCUGAAGGCUCUUCCUAGAAACACAGGCUUACAUUUAAAUGAGAAAUAGGCGGCGCCUGCUAUUUCCUGGAAAAAUACAGAUCUCUGACCAGAAUGAUGCGUUUAACGUGUGCAGGUUGGGGUUUAUUCGCUAAAGUUGACGGCCAGACUUGGGCUGCUACAAGAAGCGUGUAGGAGGCUUGUCUGUUAAUAAAGGAGCGUGUGUGCUGCACAUUUUUAUAGAUAGCCAAUCAAAUCUGUUAUUCAAAUUGUCCUCUUAUGUCAGUGACCUAUAUCUCAUGCAUGUACGCCUAGAGUUCACAGUAACGUCUCCGUCAGAGCAGACAGCAUGGGGAUCAACGGGUUAGACAGUCAAGCGCAGCCGUCCAGCGGACUUUCCCGGACGGAGCAGCCAGCUGCAGAUCCUCAGAUAGAGCAAAGAGAUGCUCCCCAAGAAGAAGACAAGACAAAGGAUGAUCAGGCGGCUGGCAGCGAGAGUAAAAUAGUGCAGGACAGCGCCGUGCAGAUGGUCGAGGCCGGCAGCAAAGCGCACCUCUCCCCGGCUUCUGAAUCCGAGGCGGGGGUUCAGGUGGAGACGCACGGCCACGGAGGCGGAUUCAUCCCGCCAGAAGGAGGUUACGGCUGGCUGGUGGUUUUCGCAGCCACCUGGUGCAAUGGGUCGAUCUUCGGGAUUCAAAACUCUUUCGGCAUCCUGCAUUUGAUGCUGGUCAAGGAGUAUGAAAACCCGGACGACAAGACCACUCAGUUCAAAGUGGCCUGGGUCGGGGCCCUCGCCAUGGGCAUGAUCUUCUUCUGUUCACCUGUGGUCAGCAUGUUCACAGACCGCUUCGGCUGCAGGAAGACGGCUGUCAGCGGGGCAGUGGUGGCUUUUAUAGGGCUGCUCAGUUCAUCCUUUGCAAACUCUUUGAGCCUUCGCUAUUUCACAUAUGGCAUACUGUUUGGCUGCGGUUGCUCCUUCGCCUUCCAGCCUUCGUUGGUCAUCCUCGGUCACUACUUCCGCCAGCGCCUGGGCCUAGCCAAUGGUGUGGUGACGGCCGGUGCCAGCCUCUUUUCCAUCGGCCUCCCAGUUUUCCUCAAGAAGGUGGUGGAGCCUCUGGGCCUCAGCAGGACCUUUCAGAUCCUCAGCCUCUUCAUGCUGGUCCAGAGUCUGCUGGCACUGCUGUUCAAACCUUUACUGCCUGCUGGAGGAGGCAUGGGACCCCCAGGUAUGGGUCCUGACCCUGGCAAUCCCCAAACCCAGCCAGGGGCCACUGAUCAGGGGGGCAGCAGGUGGAGCAGGGCCCUGGGUGGGGUCAGGAAGUACUUCAAUCUGCGUGUUUUUCACAUCGUGACAUACCGGGUGUGGGCGUUUGGAGUAGCCACAGCUACACUGGGCUACUUUGUGCCAUAUGUCCAUCUGAUUAACUUUGUGAAGGAGCAGUUCAAGGACACCCAGAAGGAAUGGGUGCUCCUUGUUUGCAUAGGAGCCUCAUCUGGCGUGGGACGCCUUGCUUUUGGCAAGAUCGGUGACCUCAUUCCCGGUCUUCAAAAGAUCUACAUGCAGGUGGUGUCCUUCGUGACUCUGGGCCUGAUGUCCAUAAUGAUUCCUCAGUGCACGGUGUUCGAGGGGCUGGUGGUCGUGUGCGUGUGCGUGGGACUGUGCGAUGGCUGCUUCCUCACCGUGAUGGCCCCCAUAGCGUUCGAGCUGGUCGGACCCAUGCAAGCCUCGCAGGCCAUUGGCUACCUUCUAGGCCUUAUGGCUCUUCCCAUGACAGCGGGUCCACCUAUUGCUGGUCUCCUACAUGACUACUUUGGAAACUACAUGGUGGCCUUUUCCUUAGCUGGGGUGCCUCCUAUGGUGGGGGGCGUGGUGCUGUUCUUUGUGCCCCUGAUACACCGCAGGCUCCAGCAAGGAAAUGCCACGGCAUCACCAGAGGAGAUCUCCACAACCACCCACAUGCUGCCUUCUGGCCAACCAGCAGGCGAGCCCAAGAGCUGCUCCAACGGAGACAUCCUUCCUGGCUACACUGACGUAGAGACGCACAUCUAAGUUGCACUCUACAAAGGGAUUCAGCCCACCAGCACCUUUUUCUCAUCCUUAGAUUGCCCUCCUGCCAAAAAGAUCUCUCAACCAUGGACUUCCUGUUACCUUUAACCCUCUCACCUUCCUGGACUUUCAUUGGCGGUUAUUUUCAUGUGGAGGAAAAAUCUUCUUCGCAGAUGAAAGGUGCACUUCGGCAUAGGAUGAUGGACAUGUGUAAGGAGGAUAAGCACAACACAGUCUCCGCUAGGAUUGUUUCAUUCCGUGGGGACUCUGUAGUAACACAUCCCUCUAAGAGGAAAGAAAUGAAGAGAUUUUAGCUGGCAGUUCCCGAUUUCACAGCCUUUAUCUCGCUAGCUUGGCUUUUUGAAGAUGUGAAAAAUACUAUGCUUUAUUUUUAGAUUGCAUAUUAACAGAGAGGCAUAUAUAAAGUAAGAAUUAAUGAAGGGAUAGGUUCAGACUUUGUAGAUGUAGUACCUCAUUGCAUCUAGUUUUUUAACACAAUGAGUUUAAGUUUAGUUUUUGUAACUUUUGUAACGUCACCUUUACAGGUUUUCUUUUUUCUGUUCUGUUUACUGCUGUGACAGAGAAACACACACAUCCGUGGUAAAUGUCACAGGAGGUGACAGACAGUUCAGCCACCAGAAACAAUCACCUCAAAUCACAACGCACACUGAACUCACACCCAGGGUCCAAAAAACUUCAGCAACAUGACUUCAACUUCUCUACCAGUCUGCCUGCAUGGGAGACAGACGUGUGAUUGUAGCAGGUGCUGAUUUCACUCAUUUGUAUGCCAUGAACCGUGUAUUGUUACGUUUAGUUUUUUUUUUUUUCACAGUUUUAAUACAAGUCAACGUCUUUGCGAGCUAACGUAUGCAGUCAAAGCCAGUAGGGGUGAAGGGUGGUGCCUGAAUUUAUAGAACUUAACACUACAGUCGAUACAAAAGCUUCUCAUGAGUCUGUACAGCCUUAAAUUUCAGCUUUUGUCUUUUUCAGUCAUUGAAAUCCACAGCUCUUAUCAGCCUUUCAAAGUUUUACCAGGGUGCUAGACAAAUCUGCACAAACUGUGUUUGUUACAGCUUUGUAACAAUAAUUCAGAAUAGUUUCUGAUAGUUCACUGAUUUCAGUUUCAGUGUGCACACUGUAUACUUGUUUAGGUGGAAAGAGUCGGACUCAUGCAGUUCUAAAGGGAGACUGACAGCUGGUGAUAGCAUCAGGUUUCGUCAUCUUGCAUUUUGUUCUGUGCACUGCACUUAUGUUUUUGAUAGCAGGGGCAGUUACUUAAUAUGAAACUGCUACGUUGAGAGGGGACUACUGAUAUUGAAACUGCCAAAUGGCCUGAGCCCUCAUCAGACCAUCUCACAGAUGAUCCAAUUAAAUUGCUGCUUUUGUUUAGCUCCGUGUCAUGAGAGCGUCACUCACUGUGUUCCCUCAAGAGGACAGCUUGCAGUUGCUAUGUUUCAUGAACAUUUUGGACCACUUACCUCUGUGCUUGUAGAUUACAAGUUGUCUUGAACAAUGAACUUAAAUGAACAGAUGUGAAGUACAGCUGCAAUAAUUCACUGUUUAAGUUACACUCUGGUUGUAUACAUGACUGAGAAACAGAGAGGGUAAUUGGUACACGGUAAGGAAGACAGUGCUCUCGUGGUCAGGUUGUGUUCCUUUCUGUCCAACCCCCUCUUUGCUUUAAAUGUCAAUUUUCAGUCUGUUUCUGUGUUACAACGUUUUCAAGCCUGAAAGCUGCACAGACCUCACUGCUGAGUGUAGUUUUUUUGGAGGGGAGGUAGGGUGAUGCUAUAGGACAAACAGUUCUGAAUAGGAAAUAUACACAUAUACCUCACUAAUCAAACAAUACCCAGAAAUCCAGUGGAUCCUGUUCACGUUCAUCAUUACCUUAUAGUGUCUCUGUUCUCUGUACUGGAACCGUUUUCAGAACCGCAAAGCUGCCAAACAACUGUCUUCAAUCAACCUUCCAUCCUCCAAAACAUAAUUAAGGUCUUUUUAGGCACCAUAAAACUAUGGAAAUGUCAAACUUCUAUUCCCUGUAAUUUAACAGCUGAUUUAUCCUUCCUCCUUAUUUUGCCUUCAUAUACAUUUGUUUUUAAUCUUUACCGUUCUGCUCCCUCUUACCUCCACCUACACACUAUCUCUCUUUAUCACAGCCUUGUUUCUCUGUUUGUAAUUGAAGAAUGCAGUUGUAUGCUGAAUAUUUUUAACUAAAGACAAAAGAGACAUUAAACUAUAAGCAGUGGAGAGCCAUAUAAUGGUUAAAUCAUAUUGUAAAGCAAAAAGAUAGGCCUCUAGUUUGACUGAGGUCGUGUUACAUUUUGGGCCGAGUGAAUUUUGUCACGUACCAGCCAUGUAAGCUAACUAGCUAACUUUGAGUUCAAUUUCGAAAUUCAUUCAUUAACAUCCAAAGGAAACAAAACCACAAGCACCUGAACGUGGAGCUCCCUCACAGUAAUUUGACUGGAAACAGCUUUAUCUUAAAAAAAAUCAAGGAAACAUCUCUUCAUCACUUUCAAAGUGCCUAAUUGUUCAGUGAUGGCUUUCAGAAGUGUUUCAUUUAAACGAAUCAAUGCCCUCUUGACUAUUAUUAACUAAGAUUUACUGUGAAAUUUGUUUAUUUUUUUGUGUGUGUUAUGAAGGCUGCAGAAAAGAUGUAAUUCAAGUUGCACUAGUGGUGAGUGUUAUGUAUCAUGUAACUGAAGUCCCACAAUUUGAAUAAAAACUACUACAGAGGACUUAAACUCUGACAACCAUAUUGGAGCCUCAGCCUUUUGGUUAACAAUGGCUGCAAAAGGCUGAUUGUGCUUCUACGCACAAUAUAAACAUAUUUGUCUCAAAAAUUUUAUUUGAGUUGUUUAGUCUUUGUGAGUGUGUGGGUUUUUAUUUUUGUUUUGUUUUUGUUUUUUUGUUUUGUUUUGUUUUUUUUGGGUGGGUGGGUGGUUACUGUGGGUUAAUGUGAACUCUGUUAAUUUUUGAAGAAGCAACGCAGAGUAAAAAAACAAGACGUGAGUUACGGCGUUUUGAAAAUGUAUCCACCUUAAAGUUACUGAACAGCUUUGGUACACCAGAACCAGAUUUGAGUUGCUAGAUUCGAGACAUAAGAGCCAAGCUUGUAUAGUGAGUUUUUCCGGAUCAUUAUUAAUUAUUAGAUAAUUAUUUUUCUUUUUUGUAGUCAGUAUGGUUACAUGUAUUGUCAAUCCUGGAUCUGUCCUAACAGCCUCCUUGCUUGAUUUCACCCGACUCUGACUUACUUGGUGUCUGCUCAGAAGCACUUGAGUGCUCCUUUUUAAUUAGAACACUUAUGUAUCAGCACAUGUACUUUAUAUACUUUGUAAUGGUUUUUGAUUAACCAUUGUUGUGUUAGUUUGUUUUUGAUAAUUAUUUUUUUGUUUGUUGGUGUCUUUGGUGAUACAUUUAAAUGACUACUGGAAAAAGACAGAAGUGUCGAGUUGCUGUAUCUGUUCAGAUUUGAAAUAAUAUAUCGAAGUGAAGGAGCUGAAUGAAUGAACAAUGACACAGUACAGCUGGAUGGUUGCGUGAUGUGAACCAGUGUUUAGCUUGACAAAGUCUCUUUCGUCUAUGCAGCAUCGCUGGGCUCAUGGUCCACUCCCUCUGCCCAUUUCGCCCUCCAUACACAUCAGUCUCUAUGGGAUGGUGUUUACUUGGAUUCCCAAGUUUGUCAAGCAUUUGUCUCCUGUAGCACCCAGAGCUGUAGCCUACACCAGUUUGUGGACCAGCUAAACCCACAGUAGAGCCCUUUUUCUAAGUCAAAAAACCACAUGUUUUACUGGGUUUAGCCACUUCGCCUGACAGUCAAAACGGUGAUAACUUAACAUUUCUUUCCUGUGCUUGCUUUUCUUUCUCUACUCGUGCUAUCCUGGGGCACAUGUUAUUCAGGUAAGAGUUACAGAGUGGCACAUGUGGCACAUAAGUAAGAACAGGCUGAUAUCAAACUGCCUAACACGUGACAAAGUGAAGCUGGCUAGGCUCUAUUUGAUUUCUGGGUUGUGAAAUUCUUCUAAAGUUAGUGCAACGCAGGUCAUAAGAACAAAAAUCAUGUUUAUGUUGCAUGAAUUGCCAACUAAUGGGUCAUAUUCACUUGUUUACUCAGUUUUUAUUCAUCGCUGUCUUCAUUUCAUUUAGCAUUUGGCUGAAUUAACUGCUGGUUUCUAUCGGCCAGUUGGCAAGAGAACAGAACCUGGCCUCUCGGUCCAACAUCAUUAGACGUUUACCUCUCGCAGAACCCCCCCCCCCCCCCCCCCACCCCCCACCCCCCCACCUGACUUGAAGUCCAUCCAAACUAUUGCAACAUGGAGGCUUGUUAUUCAGCUCUGCAAAUGUGCCAUUUCUCUGCUCCUCUGACCUCAAUCUCUGCUUACUGUUUAACUGCUUUUCCUCAGUCCGAAACCAUACAAACAACAUGAAAAACUGGAUAGCUGAAGCUCUUGUACCAUUUUCAUCAAGAAUACGUUUUCACAGUUUAUUUUGUAUUUUCGUUUUUAGUCACACCUGAAUAAUGUGUAAACCUUUAUAUGCUCCUUAUGUUGUCAGACCCCUGUGUUAUUCAUGACUAUUUCUCAUUAUCUUGACUGUAAGCAUUGUGUUUUGACAGCUAUAAAUACUUUUUCUGGUGAUAUAUUCUCAUUCUGUAUGGUUCCCAGGGCAACACUUGGGCCAGGCCUUUCCACAGCCUUACAUGUUGAAAUAUGAAUAAUAUUUCAGUGCAGGGCUCUGCUAAACAUUCCUUCAUUAACAAACAAAAGGUUGCUGCAGUUAAACCUCUAUUGCCUGUCCUCUUCUUAAAGCUGUCAGCCUCUGUCCUCCCUAUAUAAGCUAUACCUUGUUUCAUAUAAAAACACAUUUCCGCUUUCGUCAUUUUACAAAAUUUUCAUUUUCUAAGUCCAGUGAUGCCGCAAGAUCUGAAAUUAAGUCACGCUGCUAGAGAAAAUAAUAGAAUUUUUGUGUAUUUGUCAAAGUAAUUUUAAAUCUGUAUCAGAAGAGGCACAUUUUUUUUUUUUUUAUUAAACCAACAAUAAAGAUGUAAUAUGAAAACUA